AUGGCGGCGACCGAGGGUGCGCCGGGCGCCGGCGGCCCCGCGGCCGUGCGGUUGCCGCGGUCGCCGCCGCUCAAGGUGCUGGCGGAGCAGCUGCGGCGCGACGCGGAGGGCGGCCCGGGCGCGUGGCGGCUGUCGCGGGCGGCGGCGGGCCGCGGGCCGCUGGAGCUGGAGGCCGUGUGGAUGCAGGGCACCGUGCUGGCGGCGGCCGGCGGCGAGGCGCGGCUGCGGGACCCGAGCGGGGCCUUCUCGGUGCGCGGCCUGGAGCGGGUGCCGCGCGGGCGGCCCUGCCUCGUCCCAGGAAAGUACGUAAUGGUGAUGGGAGUGGUCCAGGCCUGCAGCCCCGAGCCCAGCCUCCAGGCCGUGAAGAUGACGGACCUGUCCGAAAACCCAGUGCACCAGAGCAUGUGGGAGCUGGAGGUGGAGGACUUCCACCGCAGCCUGCCUUAGUUCCCACCGUGCUGGCCCCAGCCAGAAAUGUUAGUGCCUUGAGCACCUCCGGCCAGCACUUGGGGUCCAGUUCUCAAAGGGUUCUGGGAGAGGGAUUGCUGCUAGGGUGGGUGUCCGCCCAGCCAUGGCGGCCCGCCACAGUUCAUCAUACUGGAAGACUCCAGCUCCCACCUCCACCGUCCCCUGAUGAAAAGUGAUGGUUCUUUCUCCAUGACCACCCUGCCAUCGCUGCUGGAGUUUCAGACACUGCCCGCGGUGACUAGACACAGACAGGGAGAGAAACGAGGACCGGCGUUAACUCAGGGUUUUCUCACCUCCCCAAGAUGGGGCACAGAUUCAGAUCUCCUCUGCUUGGAUUCCACCAAGAUUCCAGCCGCUUCCUUCCUGCACUCCAGAAAGCACUGGUGGUGACAGCGGAUUCCUGCUGGGAACUAAGUGGUUGCUCAAUGCAGCCCAGCCCAGCCCAGCCUGCCCUCUGGGAGCCGUUCUGCCUCACCAUUGGGGGACCACGUGUAUCCCCCACACCAGCAGGGUUUUACCUGAUUGUCAAUAUUCUACCACUGACAAAUUUGUAUCCAGUGUCUGCUUUUGAAAACAGUUUUGCUUUUUUUUUUUUUUUUCCCCAAGCAGGUUUUGGUUGGCAGGAAGUAGAGAUCCCACACUGUGCGUCCUGUUGCUAAAGUCUCCCUGGGGAGCCUCGGCUGGCCUCACACUCCUCCUCCUGCGUGCUGUGAUGUGGUGUGCUGUUUCGGUUGGGCAGCAGAGUCUUACAGCGAAUGCUACAUGGAUGCCCUCUCUCCGUGCUGAGCCUUUCUCCUGCCAAGGGCCAUUUGGUGGUCAUGACCCCGUUAGUACAGGCAGCCAGGAGCAGCCACCACGAACAUGUCCAUCUGGCAUUUACCAAAUGAUCUGCCGGGCCUUCACCCUGCGCCACCUGCAGUCAGUAGUUGGACAUUAGGGUGCACUGUGCAGUAUACA